UUUAAUGCCCACCACCACCACUGGUUUUGAUUAUAGGGGGAGCUAAAGCCCCCCCAUCCCUCCCAUAAUGUACACCCAUUGGUCAGUUAGUAGUCAGACUGUGUGUGAACUGCAGGUUCUGGACCAGAACAGGCCAUUAAGGCAAAAGCAGCCACAGGUCUCCCGUGGGUGUCUGUAGAUGGCACUGCAUGCUGGGAUUGCUGUGGUGGCUACGUCAUACUUUCACGUGAGGGUAUAGUUUUGGGGCUGCCAGUAUGUGCUUUGAUGGCUUUGUACAUGUUUUUAACAUAACUCAUGGUAAAAAGUUAGACUUUUAAGGUAAUGGGUGUCCGCAUGUUUUUCAGAGGUGAUAUUUUGCCUGGGAUUUUCACCCAGUGAAGUUUGAGUAAAGGUGAAAUGCUUCUUUGGUUAAAACAUUCACACUUUCCAGCAUGUUAUCUGCGGUAUGCUUAAUUUGACCUGCAUCCUGCAGCUUACAUUUUGAGUAAGUGGUCUGAGCUGUUUUUCUGCAUUGUUCUUUAUAGCACAGUUUUUCAAAAUAGUCAUACUGCAGAGCAGAGCUGAAGACAAACCUGAAGACAAACGUUAGAUUUCCCUAAUGAGGCGCUGUUGGUCCGGGAGUGAGAUCAGCACUGGUUUCAGAACAGCUUUAGAGUGCUUGUUAGGGUCAUUAUUUUAGGCUGUUUAUCUCCCCAGUUUCCGCUGAAUGAUUGGGGAAGUGUCCGUGUUUAGUCAGUGCUUCUUCAUGUGCGUAAAACGGCAGAUCUUGUCCGACUUGGAGGUGUCGUCAUAAGCUCACGGGCCCCGUGCUAAUACCCGAAGUUGGCCGAACCGGUGGCUUUGUGGUGGUUGGCGUCAGGGCCGGACAAAGGCCGGUGUGUCGGGGCCCUGAAAAGCAGCUCCCGCUGACCGUAGCUGCACAUCGGCUGUAGUGUCGCUGGCCUCCAGCAGGCCCUGCAUGCUUCAGCCGAGGUCUUGAGUAGCCGUACAAUUAGCGGUGUGACACCUCAGAGUUUGACCUGUCAGCUGCAGGGGCAGUUCAGUAAUAACCAGGCUUCGAGUAAAUGAAUGUUUAACAGGUUAUUCAUGAAGCCUACUUACUGAAAGCAUCGGCACCCGAAUGGAGGUGUUUUCGUGCUCAGAAACAGCUUUAUCUGGGAAGACUCAGGGCCAACAUGACGCCUGAGAUCCCUCCAAAUGUGACAGAGGCACAGAGACUGACCGUGAGGCAUUCCUAAUGCUGAAAUAGCUAUAUUUCUAUUGGCAAAUGCAGUGUGUAGCUGUAGCGUGGAGUAGCCAUUCGCAGGAUUUGGUCCCAAGGUAAGACUAGAGACUGGAUACGCCGUGUAAUAUCUGGGAAUGACGUUGUGUAAACACUGGGGAAGCUGUCCAGCGACGUUCACCGACUUCUUACACAUAAUGCUGUCAGAUGUCAUGUGACAUGGUCGCUCAGGGAGUCCUUCAGACAAAUUUUGUUAUAUGGCCAGUCACUGUCACUGCACAGUCACUCAGACCACGUGACCAUAUUUCAAAGUCAGUGGAACUUGGGGGAGGGGCACUCACUGAGGUAUGCCCGUAGCCUGUGGUGUGGCACUCAGUUAAGGGGUGAUAUUAUCCUUAGUGACGUACACUACAUGCCUGUGCAGGUUAUCUGGUGGAACUCCUGAGCUGCAGCAGCAACACCCACCUGGGAGUUUUGGCUUCUAUGGCAGCCACCCCCUUGCUCAGGGGCAUCUCCUGCUCGGGGAUUUCGCUUGUUUCUUGUAUUGAUUUGAUGUAACGUGGCCGAACUCCUGUGAACAGGAACAGCUCUGCGGAUUAGCAGAUCCAUCGGAGAUAAUGUCUGUCCACCAGGAAGGAAGGCUUAACAGACGGUCACCUGCGUGUGGGAGGAGAUCAGGUUGAAUGGUGGCCUUUCCCAAACCUUCAGUUCAGCUGAAAGAGCUGGUGAGCCACCUAGAUGUUAUGAACGGGACCACGCCCCCCUGAUCUGGGACUGAGUCUGUUGUUUAUUUUUGCUCUUCCUUUUAUAGGAUGAUUUUAAAUGCUUUCAGGAAACACUGAACUCCGGGGACCCUUUCUAAAAAGCAGCAACCCCCCCCACCGCUACCCUCCAUCCACACCGCUGUCAGAGAUAAAUGAAAGCAGUCAGUGAACGAUUGACUCCAUGCGCCCUAUUGCCCUGAUCCCAUCUAGAUUGCACAAGGCAUUACCAGGCAAACUUACAUUCCUAUCACGUUUAAGGAAAAAAAAAACAUAAAACAAGAGGAAAAACAACCGAGACUCAUUAGAACCAACAUUAGCAAGAAGAACGGUCAGCCUCCUGUGAUUCUGGCUCGCUCUGAUUGGCUCCUGGGCCGGAGAGGGGUGGGACCUUCCUUUGUGCCAAUGUUACUUAUGCCUGGGACACUGCUGCCAUCACGAGCUUGAGCUGGAGGGACCGGCAGAGCGAGAAAAGAAGGCAUGUGGGAAUAUUUGAAUAUGUAAGGGAGCGUGACAGGUGCCGAUGAAAGGAGACAGAGAGGGAAAGAGAGAACGAAAGUAAGGGAGAUUUGCAGGUCAGCCUGUAAGAUACUGAGAGACGUAGUUGGAGAGAGGUGAGUUUGUAAUAGUGUGUGCCAGAAUCCCAAUCUUGGCUGCCCUCCACCACCAGAUUGAGUCACAGGCCCACCGUUGGCUUUACCUCCGAGAGUGCACCACGAGUCGUGUGGGAGCAAGGCUGACCGUCACGCAGAGCGGCAGUCGUUCCCAGAAGUCAUGGCGGACCAGAACUUGGUCGAGGUGGUCCACUUGGAGCGCAGGGUGCGGAGGCGACGCGACCCAAAGCAGGCGAUCCGAGCCAAGCUGAGCCAGAGUCUGUCCUGCUCAGCAACCCGGCUAAAGCGGGUUCUGACGGACUUCUUCCCUGUGGUAGUCUGGCUUCCCAGGUACAAGCUGAAGGAGUAUGUGUGGGGUGAUGUCAUGUCCGGACUCAUUGUAGGUAUCAUCUUGGUCCCUCAAGCCAUUGCCUACUGCCUGCUGGCUGGCUUGGAGCCAAUCUACGGCCUCUAUACCUCUUUCUUUGCCAACAUCAUCUACUUUUUGUUGGGCACCUCCAAGCAUGUGUCCGUAGGCAUCUUUAGCCUCAUGAGCUUGAUGGUAGGACAGGUUGUGGACAGGGAGCUCUUCCUGGCAGGGUUUGACAUGAAUGAGGACAGCAAGUCGGGCCCCAUGGGCUCAUGGAAUGGCACUGGAGCAUCCACUGCAGACAACCUGACCCUAGGCAUCUACAGUUCCGAGUGUGGCAAGGAGUGUUAUGCCAUCAGUGUUGCAGUGGCUCUCACCUUUCUGGCAGGAGUUUACCAGGUUCUGAUGGCUUUGCUACAGUUAGGCUUUGUCUCUGUCUACCUUUCUGCUCCAAUGCUUGAUGGCUUUGCAACGGGCGCCUCGGUCACUAUCCUCACUGUGCAAGCCAAGUAUCUCCUUGGGCUGAAGAUUCCACGACACCAAGGCUAUGGAACUGUCAUCGUCACCUGGAUCAGCAUUUUUAAAUGCAUCCACCAAACGAACUUUUGUGACAUGAUCACCAGUGCCAUCUGCAUUGCCGUGCUGGUGGCUGGGAAGGAGCUUCAGGAUCGCUUCAAGGACCGUCUGAAGAUCCCCUUGCCCACCGAGUUGGUGGUAGUGGCAGUGGCCACACUGGUGUCUCACUUUGCCAACCUCAAUGGCCAGUACAACUCCAGUAUCUCGGGAGCAAUCCCCACAGGCUUUAUCCCGCCAAAGGUGCCCAGCUUCAAGCUCAUGCCCAACGUGGCAUUUGACGCCAUCCCCAUGGCUGUGAUCAGCUUUGCCUUUACAGUCUCAUUAUCUGAAAUGUUUGCCAAGAAGAAUGGCUACACGGUUCGGCCCAACCAAGAGAUGCUGGCCAUUGGCUUCUGCAACAUCAUUCCUUCCUUCUUCCAUUGCUUCACCACCAGUGCUGCCCUGGCGAAGACCAUGGUGAAGGACUCAACUGGCUGCCAGACACAGGUGUCCAGUGUAGUGAGCGCCUUUGUAGUCCUGCUAAUCCUGCUGGUCUUCGCCCCGUUAUUCUACUCCUUGCAGAAGUGUGUCCUGGCCUGCAUCAUCAUCGUCAGCCUGCGAGGUGCUCUGCGCAAGUUCCGAGAUGUUCCCAGUCAGUGGCGCGUCAAUAAGGUGGACGCCACUGUCUGGAUGGUCACCAUGAGCUCCUCGGCCUUGCUCAGUGUGGAGCUCGGACUCCUGGUUGGGGUGGUGUUCUCCAUGCUCUGCGUAAUUGUCCGGACACAGAACCCCAGAGUGACCCUGCUGGGUCAGAUCCCGGACACCAGCCACUAUGAAGAUGUCAAGGAAUACAGUGACCUUCUGACUCUGCCCAAAGUCAAGAUCUUCCGUUUCCAGGCCCCAUUGUAUUACGCCAACAAGGAGUUCUUUCUCAAGUCACUUUACAAAGCAGUAGACUUGGAACCAUUCCUGGAGGUCACCAAGAUGAGGAAGGCUGAGAAGAAGAUGAAGGCACUGGCCAACAAGCAGACCGAAAGGAAGAGCUCAGAUAAAACUAAUGGUGACGUUGCCUUAGGACUGGUGUCACGAGAGCUGGCCUUCCACACGCUCGUCCUAGACUGCUCGUCCAUUCCCUUCAUCGACACCACUGGCAUGCUCACGCUGAAGGGGGUAGUAAAGGACUACAAGGGGGUGGGAGUCCGAGUGGUGCUGGCGUGCUGCAAUCCCUCCGUGAUCGACUCUCUGAAACGUGGCUCCUUCUUUGGAACUGCAGACAAGGACAUUCAGAACCUCUUUUUCCACACCGUGCAUAGCGCAGUUCUGUCCGCCCAGGACAAAGCGACCGCAGUCGGUGAUUCGUCUGUAGAGAGCCAGGCCGCAAGCUGCAACGAGUCUCUUCAGACCGGAAGACAGGAUAGUCAGAUGUGACCAGGAAUUAAUACUCCUUGUUCUCUUUACUGAAGUCAUCUUCUUCCUAUGAUCUGUUUCUGAGUCUGACUAGUUUUGUAAGAACUUUUUUUACUUUUCAAACAUUACCUUUUGUAACCUUACUCUAGUACUUACAAGUACUAAGAAAAUCAUAACUUAAAUCUUUGAGAAAGAGACAGUAUUUAUUGACUUUUAUGUCUUAAAAAGCUAGGCUAGACAAAAUUAACUUUAUUAUAACAUACCUGCUAAAAGAGUUAAUAUCAAGCUCUGUAUGUUAUUGGAGCCCCUAAAAUGGCUCUGUUGCAUGAGAUGGCCCUUCUCUGUGCAGACUGGCCCCUACAGCUCAGGGUGUUUUCCCAAAAGCAUCACAGGCUUUACAUACAAUGACAUUCAUGUAACCCAUUGAAGACAGAAUCAUAUGGUGUUUUGUUUGCUGUCUUUGUUACCUGCCAACACAACGGAACUCCCUAAUUUGUCACAUGGAGCAUCCUAUUGGCAGGGAAAAUGAGCAUCCACCCAGCAAGGGAGAUCCUGAUUGGUCCUGAUAUCUCGGCCACCCAUCACAGUUACCAUCAUGCGGUUUCAUGUCAUGCAGCAGCAGGUGUCGGUGAUCAGUAGUGAGGGUUGUGUUCCUACUUUCUCUGCACUCUGCCACUCCCACGUGGCACCAUUUGACUGGGGUGUGAAGUUAGCAUGCCGCCCUCAGCCUCCAGGUGGCACCUGCUUUUUGCUCAACGUUCUGAGCUCAGUUUCCUGGAUCAUUUAAGCUAGUAGCAUCAUUUGGUGUGCAUUGAACCCCACGGCUCCCCAAGAGCGUCAUGUCUCAGGUAACCACGAGGCCCUGCGUGCCUUUGCGGGGAAGGCAUUAUCCAGGACCUUGGGAAAUCUUAGCAAGAAUUCAGUAUUCGGAGAAGACCUUCAAUUCAGAAUCGCACAAGACGGUCCUCUUUCAUUCAAGCAUAGACACACACUUACACCAUGACUGACAUGCACUGGGACCCCAAAUGGCGCAUUAUGUCCAUCGCGACGUUUGUGUUGAAAGUAGCUUCACCUUAUUUAAACACUUGCAGUAAAAUGGCAAAGUUAAUUUUCCACUUCUUUGUUCUGAACUCUUGUUCUUUGUUCUUGAAUUCGAUGUCCUAAGAUUGCACUCAGGUAGAGCUUCUCUGACAGUAUUAAGUGGCUUCAAUGUACUGGAAGUGCUGGAAUUGGGCUCCGUACCUAGCUGGGGAAACAAUGACGAGGGAGAUGUGUACCAAGAUCAGAGAAUGUGCCAGCUGUAAUUUCAGAUCAGCAUUUUAUAAAUCCAUUUUUUGUAAUUGUUAUUGAAAUUAGUUUGUGUAGUACCAUGUGAUCAUGUUAACCGGAUAUUUACAUGUUGUUUAGAAUAAAUACUCAUAAAGUACAUACUAUGCUGUUUUUUUAUUUUUGUCAGGUUUUCCAUUGAUCUUAAUAAUUUGUCUAAAUUUUGUUAAUAAAAUUCUUGUAUUAAAUUAGCUUUGGACCUUA